ACGGAUUUUUUCGGCUCCGGAACGCUUCGCUACAAUUCGCUAAAUUAUUAAAACGCCUCGCGCUUUGACCAAGUUAUAAAAGAAGUUAUCUAAAGUACUUAAAGAACCGUUCCGAUUAAGCGGCGGAAAACGUAACACCAACAUUGGCCAAAAUGAAAAUUGUACCAGUUUCUGUUCUGUUAAGUGUAUUCCACAUUUCAUCCCUCAACGCAGGAAAGCUCUACUAUCCAAAUCCGCCUACUAUAGAUGAUGUUCCAGUUCAACCGCAAUAUAUACCACCCUCGGAUAUCUACAUAACAUCCGAAGCAACAAUUUAUCCACAGCCGGAAAAUUUGCAAUGGAUACCGGUUGAGAAUAUUCCGCCGAGUUUUAGUGAUGAGAGUGCGUACUAUUACUAUCCGAACCAUAAGCAUAUCGGAUCUACAAUACCAUGUCCCAACAAAGGACAUACCACCAAAAAGCCAUAUAUAGCUCCAAAAGUUACAACAACUACCACUACCACCACAACGCCGCGUCCGAUUCAUCAUAAAGUCCAUACCAAAGGAUCUGCUGUGGGAAUAAAAACGUCUUUUAAUGAACUCGAACUUAAGUUAAACCAACUGAAGCUCGCAUUAUCCAAGUUUGCUAGGGCAGAGGGCUUGGAAUACGAUGUCGAGGAUGGCGCUAGAACACUUCCUGUCUCUUCAGAGACAAACGAAGAUUCGAAGGUGGAAGGAAAGGGAGAAGUUGUUGAGGAGCAACCAAAGCAAGAAAUGGAAGAGCAAUCAAAGUCAGAAAUGCAGAUUACGCAAGAUGUAGGGCAGGACGAAGCAAUUGUACAAGAAGCAGAUAUGACCAGAUCAGACCUCGAGGAUUCAAAAGCGAAAAGUUUACUGGAAGUAGUUACAGAACAAACGAUAGAGAACACAUCAACACACCAAGAGGCGAAUGCAGAUCAGAAAACGAAUGUAGAUCUGGAGGAAACGGAAAUUAAUUUGUCAUCUAAACAACAGGAAGAAGUUACUCCCAACAACGUUGUUCCGUGGUUCGAGGGAUUAAAUCAAGAUCCACUGCGUGAUCUUCCUUUGGACGAUGGACAUCAGGACGAAGUAAUUGCAGCGAAUGAACAUCGUGAAGAAGUUAGGCCAGGGCACGUUGUUCCGUGGUUCAACGGUUUGAAUCAAAAUCCACUUCGUGAUCGUCCUUUGGGCCACCGACUUCAUGGAGCGAAUGUAAAUCUUCCGGAAAUGGGAAUCCAUUCGCUGCCUUCACAACUGGAAGAAGUAAGCCCUGAGAACGUUUCAUCCUGGUUCAACGGAUUGGAUCAAGAUUUACUUCGUUAUCUUCCUUCGAACGAUGGAUAUUUUCAAAAUGGAUACCAAGUAUUAACUAGCUGAUAAUUUAAGUAGUCUUAUUUGUAAAGAAACCGAAUAGCUCUUUAAGCGUUUGACGAGUCCGCGAUACGCGAAUGUGUAAUUGAUUGUAGUAUUUCCUUAGACUACCUCCGAUGAGAGAAUAAAAUAAAAACAUGGAAACAUUUGUUUUUACAACAAUCAUAGAA